GUUCGGACAAACGCCGCCAUUUUGUGAAUGCGUUGUUGCGGGCGCCAUGUUUAUGUGGAGGAAUAUAAACCACCGAAAAUAAUUCAUUUUCUUGUUAUUUCACCCUCCGUCUCCAAAAUUUCACCAAGAAAACAGUCAGCCGACGGGACACUGACAAAGCGGGGGUAUCAAACUGUGUUACAGGUUAAUAACAACAACGUCAGUGCUUGUUAAGAGACUGGAAAAGUCUUACUGUCUUUAAAGUAAUCGUGAGUUUUUCAAACUAAUACUGUAAUCCUUCAUCAUCUCUCACAGUCCAACGCCUCCUUUUGAGUGACUGAAUUCAACUCACUCUUGUUUCGGGAGCAGUGCCGUAUCGUAUACAACCAUCAUGGCUUUUGCAAGCCUUUUCUCCAGUCCCCCAAACCCAGUUCUUGACAAAAACAUGACAGGCUGUGAACUUGCAAGGGACGAAAGGGAAGAUGGUGAGCUUGAAGAUGGAGAAAUAGAUGAUGAAGGAAUUGGAAUUGAAGACAAGGGGAAAGAAUUGAAAGAAGAAAAUAAAGACAAAGAUGAAAAGCCUCACAAAAAGUCCAGAAAGAAACACAGACAAGAUAGGGACAAGAGAAAAGCCAAGAAAAGGAGACGGGGCAGGCACAAACAUCAUUCACCCUCAAGUGGUGAUAGUUCAGACUACAGCUAUGAGUCUGAUUUUGAACAUUCUGAACGACAGCGUAAAAAACCCUGUCCAGCAUUUAGAGGUUACGAGGCUCCAUUUCCACAGCAUGGCCAAUCCAGUGGAGGUUACAUGAAGCCUCAAAAGCCAGCAGACAAUAAAAAUAACGAGUUUGAUAAGUUCAAUGACUACAGUGAAGAUAAAUAUGAUUAUGGAGAGGAUGCUGAUUUUGCAGAUGAGCUGAACCAGUACAGACAUGCUAAAGAAACCACAGCAUCUGGACCUGUCAUAGGGCCACCGAAGGGACAGAUGAAAAAGCAAAACAUGAAGGGUGUACAAAAAGAUCCUGGACAGAAAGGAAAAGGUCGAGGUGUAGGUCGUGGACGUGGCAUGCAGAAAAACAAGAAACAAAAAGGAAAAAACUGGGGUAGGGGACGAGGGAGAGGUGUAGAUCAAGGCGGAGGUAGUUCUAAAGAGGAUAGAAAAGGCCCAGUAAAUGCCCAGAAAAAGCGUCCAAUUAUGAGCCAAGAGUUCAUUAACCAACAUACGGUUGAACACAAUGGAAGAUAUAUUUGCAAGUAUUUUCUGGAGGGUCGCUGUAUUAAGGAUGACCAGUGUAAAUUUGAACAUGAUCUAGUUGUACCUGACAAGAAGAAGGAGAUGUGCAAGUUCUACAUUCAGGGUUACUGCAGUAAAGGGGAGAACUGCAUUUAUAUGCACAAUGAAUACCCAUGCAAGUUCUUUCACACUGGGGCAAAAUGCUACCAAGGAGAUAACUGCAAGUUUUCCCACGAACCUCUUACAGAUGUUACAAGAGAGCUCCUGGAAAAGGUUUUAAAUACUGAGGAAAAUACAAUGAAUGAAGAUAAAAAGGAGCUUGAAGACCUCUGGAAGCAGGGAAUAGCUCCCCUUCCAAAACCACCCCCAGGAGUAGGGCUUCUGCCAACCCCUGGACCGGAAGGCAGCUCUUGUCAAGGGGGACAGAAGAAAAUCCCUUCACUGUUUGAAAUUGUCGUUCAGCCGACUGUGGAUCUGGCACAAAAAAUAGGACUCAGGCCCAACUUUUAUAACAGUUCAUCACCACCAGGUCCACAGUUUCACGGAAAUGCUCCCCCUCCUGAGCAGAUGUUUGGUGGAGGACAAGAUGAACUGCCACCUGGGCCCAAUGGACCUCCAGUUCCUCCAGGAUCUCCAGGGUCUUUUGGGCAGCCCUGUCACGUUGGUCCACCAGGAGUGCAUUGUCCACCAAUGCCUCAAAUUCCACCUGGUCAAUCAAUGCCAUGUGGUUUUCCAGGGCCACAUAAUCUUCCACCAAUGCAUUCACAGUCAACGGAUUCACCAUUAGUACAACCAUCAUUCUCUGGCCUUCAGGGGAAUGCACAUGGAAACAGACUGAGAGAAAAUCCCCAGCAGACCUUGCUCCCACCACCAGGUCCAGCCUAUCAACAGAUGCCAGCAGACCAGCCAAUGCAACAGAACAUUCCCUAUCAAUCAAUGCAAAAUCCUGCAGAUUUCUUUAACAACUAUUAUUCAAAUCAAGCUGUACACAGUUUAGAACCAACAGAAUUCACAGAAGAGGAAGCACUUGCCAUGGACAAACUGGCUUAUAGCUCAAUGCAAGACUCUCAACACAGUGGCACUGAAUCAGACAGCAGUAGCAGCCAGAAACCUGCAGUUCACGUCCCUGACUUUCUUCCUGCCAUGCAGAAGGCUCUAUUCCUCAGACUAAGUCAAAAGCAACAUGAGGAUGAGCACCAUAAAAAGGAAAAUCAAGGUCAGGAAAUGGUCAGAAUAGAGAAAGAUGAAACUGUGAAUUGGUAUUCCAGUGAUGAUGAGGAAGACGGCAGUAGUGUGACAGCUAUCCUUAAAACACUUAAAAAACAAAGUGACAUUCUUAAAAAUCAGCAACAGUCUGCGAUAACACAGCAGAGUGCUUGUGACCCACGACUUCAGAAGGAAAAGAAUGCCCCCUCUGAUCCACGGAUGAAGUGUGACCCGAGGCACAGUUCUCCUAGAGAGAUGAGAAAGUCCACAGACACUGCCUCCUCAGAGUCGAGUCUUGUCCAAGACCCUAGAAAGGUAAAGCCUCAAGUCAGCCCAAGGCCUCACUCUCACUCUCAUGUCAAGCAGUCAGUAGGAGACGAUGGUGAAGAUGGUGAAAGAGAACUUCGAGAAAACGCUGCAAAUAUUCCUCUGGAACCCCUACCUGGUCUUGCUCGGAGGGAUCCUAGAUGUCAGCUGAAACAGUUUAGUCACAUAAAAAUGGACAUUAUCCUUUCCAAGCCAGCAUUUGCAAAGCAUGUUGUAUGGGCCCCUGAAGAUCUAAUACCUCUGCCCUUACCCAAACAAGAACAUUCAAUCAAUUUGCCUCUUCCUCCACUUAUUGCAGAAGCAAGAUUGAACAAAUGUCACGAUGUUUUAAAUGACAACAAUCAAAAUGUGAUGCCCUUAGACUCCCGUAGGGCAAAGGAUAUAAAAACUAAAGUUUGUGGGCAUAUAAACAAACCACCGGACACAAAGGCUUCUGAUAAACCACUGGAUCCUCGACUGCACAAGGCACUGGAUCCAAGGCUGCACAGAUCCUUUAGCAUGGACUCGCAGCAUUGUGCCACAAAAGAUUCUCAUCCUGGAAUUGAUCCAUGCAUAUCCAGGGGAAAUGGAUCAUUGCAGAGUUCAGGAACUGCUAAAUUAGAACAGGAUAAACUACCCCCAUAUGCUCCCAAAUUGUCAUCCACUGGUGGGGGACUUGGGAGCCCAACUACACUGCUAGGUGGAAUCAGCUUAUAUGAUCCUCGGAACCAAAAUCAGUUGUCUUCAAAGGAAGAGGAAGAGCAUCCUAAAAAAGUAAACAUUAUGAAACAUCCCAGUAAACAAGAACAUGCACAGUCAUCCCUUUUAUCAGUGUCUAGUGUUGUAUCAACUUCAGAUAGCAUGAGUGCAGACUCUUCUUUGGAUGCUUCCGCAGAUAAAUUUAACAGUUACAGCAAGCAUCGGCCCACACCAAGGACAGCAAACCCUCCUUCUGCUUCCGCUGUACAUAAUCUGCCCAUCUCGGCUUUAGCUGGGUUAAUACGACCUCCAUACACUGACCCAAGACAAACUAGGCAAACUGGACAAGCAAGUCAGCCGCAGGAGAGUGAUUUGAAAGGAGAGCCAGAUGACAAACCUCUGAAAGACAUGUUCAAGACCUUCGACCCGACAGCGUCUCCUUUUUGUUAAUAAGCACUCUAAAAAAAGUGUAAAUGCAGUACGUCAAACUGUGUGGCUUUCAGUGCCUGUGUAAGUUACUUAGCUUGAUAUUUAUUUAUUUUUAUUGCAAAUACCUGUUGCUAAUAGUACAUGCUGUGGUUCUGACUUUCUGUUUGAUACUAUAUGUCACUAACUAGAGCAGCAGAGAAUUUUUUUUUAAGUCUACAUGAAUAGUCUAAAUGUGUAAAUUCACACAGAUGUAUAAUACUGUAUGUGAUGGAUCUAGUUUAUUUUGUCAGUAACUAUCAGAAAGAUAAAUAUAUGCUAAUGAAGUACGGUAUUAUGUUCUUAAAUCCUUUUUUUGUUAACAUGAAUAAUCAAAAAAUGUGAACUGCCACUUUUAUAUAACUACAGUAUUUAGUAAAAUAUGUAAGCAAAAUGCCAUAUAUAACACAUACCAGUAAUCAUGUUAAAUAAUAACAUUCAAGUUGAUUUGUAUUUAUGUUCUCAGCACUUACAAACCUACUCCACACUAGUACUGAUUCUACCCCCCCCCAAUAUUUAUUGCACAUGACCAUGAAGAAUGUUACAGGAACAGUCGAGGAAACUAAAUAAAAAUAAUCGUUUUUUCUCCCAUCCGUUCUUGGAGGAACUGUGUAUAUUUUGCUAUCAGUGUACAGCACUGUUACUGUAUGAAGUUGCUGAGGCACAGUGUAUAUUCCUUUUUUGUAAUAUAAAUGCUGUACUUGUCAUCAACUUGUUACGAGUAAAUGUAUUUGAAAUCUAAAAUGAUAUCCAAAUUGGUGUGUAACUAUGUUGUAAGUUUUAUCGGCACAUUCAUUAAAAUAAACUUGUUUUACAAAGGGCAUGGAUUAUGUUAAUAUUACAAAUUAAUAUCAGAAAUGUCUCUUUUUCAUCUACUGAUAAUAA